CAAUCCAUUACUUGCUGAGUGAUCUACUCCAGUACCUGAGACAGUUCCUUUUGAGAUGUCCUGUCAGCAGAGCCAACAACAGUGCCAGCCCCCUCCCAAAUGCAAGACCCCAAAGUGCCCUCCUGCCUCUUCCUGCUGUAGCCUGGGUUCUGGGGGCUGCUGUGGUUCCAGUUCCGGGAGCUGCUGCAGCUCUGGAGGUGGCGGCUGCUGCCUGAGCCACCACAAGCCCCGAUUCUCUUUCCGUCGCAGACGACACAGCUCUGGAUGCUGCAGUAGCGGUGGUGGCAGCAGUUGCUGUGGUAGCAGCGGUGGCAGCAGUUGCUGUGGCAGCAGCGGUGGCAGCAGUUGCUGUGGCAGCAGCGGUGGCAGCAGCAGUGGCAGCGGAGGCAGCAGUUGCUGUGGCAGCAGCGGUGGCAGCGGAGGCAGCAGUUGCUGUGGCAGCAGCGGUGGCAGCGGAGGCAGCAGUAGCAGCAGUUGCUGUAGCAGCAGCGGUGGCAGCAGCGGUGGCAGCAGCAGCGGUGGCAGCAGUGGAGGCAGCAGUGGAGGCAGCAGUGGUGGCAGCAGCCAUCAGCAGUCUGUGGGCUCCAGCUGCUGCUCUGGAGGUUGCUGCUGAUCUGGGGAUGAAGAACAUGGAAAGCAGCAUUGGCAGCCCUGCCUCUUCCUUGGCUUUCCUGCAGAAAUACCUCCAGAACUCUCUGUAUGCCCUUCUUCAUCUCCCUAAAGCCCAUCUACCAUGAGGUCUUAAGGUCUCGGCU